UCGUAAAGCAAAUAUGGCUGAACGUCGUCGGUAGUCGUGCUUUCAAGAAAAAAGGGUUUUUCGGGGGUUUUAAUCGAAUAUUAAGCAAAUAUGUCAGAUUAUUUAAGAUCCGCCCUCGGUUAUUUAAACGGAAGUUCAAAUUCGAAUGAUUACAUUGGUCAAAUCGUGGAAAUUAACAAUGUGAAGCUCCGAGUGAAUAGACUUAUCGCAGAGGGUGGCUGGGCGUUGGUGUUUGCCGUAGAGGACGUGAACACAGGAAAAGAGUAUGCCUUAAAAAAACUCGUUGCUGUCGACGAAGAAGCAAACAGAACGAUUUUACAAGAAAUAGAAUAUCUAAAAGCCUUAUCUGGCCACUCCAACAUAAUUCAGUUUUUAUGCGUUCACCGGAUUGAGCGUGAAGACCGGAAGAGCUAUGAGUACCUUUUAGUCACUGAGUACUGCCCUGGAGGCACGCUCGCUGAUAUUCUUAGAAAUGUAACAGCGAAUUCGUUGACAGUCGCUCAAGUAUGUAGAAUAGCCUAUCAAGCAAUAAAAGCUGUGCACCACAUGCACAACCAACAACCUCAGCCUAUCGUGCAUCGUGAUAUCAAACUAGAAAAUUUUCUGAUUGGCAGCGAUGGAUUGGUCAAGCUAUGUGAUUUUGGAAGUGCAACUACUCAACAAAUUUUACCAGACUCUUCUUGGAAUGCUCAGAAAAGAGCUACCUUGGAAGAUCAGAUGGCAAAGUAUACCACUCCGAUGUAUCGAGCACCGGAAAUGACCGAUACCUGGAAUAAUGAGCCCAUCGGGCCGCCUGUUGAUUGCUGGGCUCUUGGAUGCAUUCUCUACGCUUUGGUCACUCUUCGCCAUCCGUUUCCUGAAGGUAACAAAUUAGCAGUUCUGAACGCAAAGUAUGCGCCCCUGCCUCCCAAUCCUCGCUUCGCUUGUUUCCACGACUUGAUAAAAGGAUGCUUACAAAUUUCUCCAGUACAACGACUCAUAACCUCAUGUCUACUCGAGCGUUUAGCCGCGAUCGCAGAAUCGAACAAUUUUGAUCCCAGAGAGCCCGCAAAAAUAGAUGUUGUGAUAAAGCCUCCAGCUCCUCCGAGACCCUCACCUCCACCUCCAGCAGCUGCUGCAGUGCCUCCACGACCUUCUCCAACUGCUGCACCGCCACCAAGACCGGCGCCAGUGGCUCCACCUCCAGGUCUUAAAGCCCCCAUGGCUCAAUCUACGGGCUUGUUUAGUUCCUUGAAAGGUGGAGCUGGUAGCAUUCUACGGAAUUUGAAAGACACUUCGAGUAAAGUGAUGCACACUGUGCAGCAGAGUAUGGCGAGGACUGAAUUGGAUGCGAGCUACUUGACCUCUCGAAUUUUGGUGAUGCCAUACCCAGCUGAUGGAAUUGAAUCUGCCUAUCGAGCAAAUCAUGUCGAGGAUGUGAGGGCUUUUCUCCAGGCGAGGCAUCCACCUCCAGCUAAAAUUCAAUUGUAUAACUUGUCUCGUGGCCGACCCAACGUUUCCAGGCUUCCUGGGAGGCACAUCGAUUGCUCCUUUGCUUAUGCUUCUGUGGAUUCUAAUGCUCCUCUGCUAUCUGCGAUAUACCAAAUUUGUCAAGAUAUUUACCGAUAUCUGGAUGCUGAUUUCAAUCAUGUUAUUGUAUUGUACUGUACAGAUGGUUUUCGAGCAAGUGCAACAGUGGCCCUCUCAUUAGUCCUUUACUCGAGAACUUUAUCCAGCACCGAGGAAGCAAUAUCCUUGUUCACAACAAGGCGUUGUCAACCGCCUCAACUCCAACCUUCAGAAUUACGAAUAGUAAACUAUAUGAGUUUCUUGAGCAACUCGAAAUUGCCGCACGCAAAGCCGCUAGUUCUUCGAUCCCUUCUGAUUCAACCCGUGCCUCUCUUCACACGAGCCAGAGACGGCUGUCGUCCCUACGUAGAAAUUUACAGCAACGGAGCCUUGGUUUUCUCGACGAAACGAGCAGAGUACGAGGAAAUGAAAUUAUACAGCAUGAUGGAGGGAAAAGUCUGCCUCAUUUUAGGUGAAGCCACAGUUCGAGGAGAUAUAACAGUUAUUCUUUUCCACGCUCGACAGCAGCUUGGAAGAGUCAUUGGAAUUAAAAUUGCUGCCAUGCAUUUUCACACGGGAUACGUUCCUCUGACUGAGAGCACAUUCGCAUUCGAGAAGCAGGAUCUGGAUGAUACUCCGGAAAUCGGAGGCAAUUUCCGCGUCGUGCUGAACGUCACGAUUGGAGAAGAGUCGGGGAAAACUGCCAGGGUUCCCUCUCCCUGGGAAGUGGAUACUUCUCCAAAACCGGUUCCUGAUCCACUCUUUGGUUCGACUUUGGAAAUGGAGGAAACUCUUGAUAAUUUUAGAUCCACAACUCCUCGCCAAAAGGUUCCGGAAGAAAUUCCACUUGUUGCAGAAUCGGAAACUUCCGAAGAGAAAAGUUCAUCCCGCGAAGAGACUCCACAAGAGGAGUUAACAGAAGACGAACUAAACGAGGAAGAAGCGAAAUUUGCAGAAGCAGAUUUACUCAAUCUUGGAAUGCCAGAAUCUGUCACUAAUCUAAUCUCUAAUGCCAGCAAUACUCCAUCAGCCCCUGUUAAUCCAGGUUUAGAUAUAUUCUCUAGCUCUAGUCAAAACGAAAGUGAUCUCCUAGGAGGCUUCGGCGAAUUCCACCAGCACACGCCGAAUCCUCAACCUAAUAUAAGCGAACCGCUCUCUAACGACCUGCUUUUCGGUGCCACUCAGCCGCCAACAAAUGGAUCUUCCGCUCACAAUGUGAAUGUGAAUGAUUUGCUGUUCGGCAAGAGUCAACCCCCGGCGGCCGCACCUAAAAAUGUAGAUAUACUCUUCGAUCCUUUGGGCAAAAUAGGAGUCAAUACUCUUUUGGGUGGAUGGGCGAAUUCGAACGCAAGUGCAUCCAAGACAAACAACGAAGAUAGUUUCCCCAGGAAUUCGAGCGUUCCGAAUUUCGCCGCACAAAGCAAAGACCCAUUUGCAAAUUUGGCUGGUUCCAUGGGCGCUGGAUUGACUGGGAGUUGGAAUGGCACGCCGAAGGAAGCAAAUACACCGCAGUCUGCUAGUCCAGCAACUGCAGGUACUCCGGUGCACUCUAGUCCGCGAAUGCAUAAAUCUAAUACGUCCAAUGAUAAUGCAACUGCUGCUGAUCCGGCGAAUAGCAAGCCGGCAAAGUCGGGUGAUGCGUUCGAAGAUCUACUGGGAAGUCAGGGUUACAACUUCUUCAGUACGAGAAAGGCAGAGAAGGAGAGUCCAAAGACAAUAAACCAGAUGCGGAAAGUGGAAGCUGCGAAGACUAUGGAUCCGGAUCGAUUGAAGAUAGCUGAGUGGACGGAGGGGAAGAAGAGUAAUUUGAGGGCGUUGUUGUGCUCGAUGCAUACGAUUAUUUGGGAGGAUUGCAGGUGGCAAAAGUGUGAAAUUCAUCAGCUUGUCUCGCCGGCAGAUGUCAAGAAGGCUUACAGGAAAGCUUGUCUGGCUGUUCAUCCCGAUAAGCAAUCUGGAACCGACAACGAGAAUAUAGCAAAGCUUAUUUUUAUGGAACUAAAUAAUGCGUGGACGGCGUUCGAGAACGACGCGUCUCAGCAGAAUAUAUUUAGCUAAUUGUCGUAGCUAUCUUCAAUUGUUAAAUUCAAAAUUACACUUUACCUCUUCGACUAAAUUACUUUUACUCCAGAGAGAAACGUUAGCGUUACGUUUAAUUGUAAGAUAAAAGUCUGGUAUCGCAUUCCGAUUAAGUUUAUUUAGCUUUAGGCUCAGGUCAACGUAUUACAAAAGAAUGGUUUUAAGAAAAUGGCGUCUAAAAAAUGCGCCUUAUUUAUGUGAAAGUCUACGUACACGUGUAGAUAUUUGAAAUGGCGACUAAUUGCAUAUGUAUAUAAGGCAGUGUAAAUUUAUCAAAAAUUAAAUAUAAAGAAGUAUUUUCCGUGCGA